GGGAUACUUCCUCUCUAGUGCUAUACAUCGCCAAUUUGGUUAUAAAUCACAUCUUGAAUUAUAUUAUUUAAUCACCUCCGUAUCCUAUUUAGCCAAAUUUCUCUUAGCUCUCGGAGACCAUGGCGGAAUCUUCCAAUUCCGCUGCGGCCUCUGGCCAGACUCAGACCGCGGCAAAGCCUACGAAGGCACCGAACCCAGUAUGGAGAAUGAUGGGAAUGCCUAACUUCCGCCUUAAACUUCCUUCCCGCAAUUGGAUGAUCUUUCUCACAGUAACCGGCUCGUUCACCGCUGCCCUGGUCUAUGACCGCAAACAGAAGAAGCGCGCACAACAGAAAUGGUGUGACCUGGUGGCACACCUUUCAAAGGAGCCUCUCCCAAUUGACCAGACACGGCGGAAGCUUACAGUCUUUCUGUCGGCCCCUCCUGGCGAUGGUCUCCGCGUUGCCCGGGAGCACUUCAAAGAAUAUGUCAAGCCCAUUCUAGUCGCCGCAGCCUUAGACUACCAGGUGAUCGAAGGACGACGGGAAGGUGACAUCCGUGCUGGACUUGCGGAGCGAAUUCGCAAGUUUAGAAGGAAGUCCGGCGAGCCAAGCACUGUGGUGGAAGAAGCUGGCAUUGAAGAGGUCGUUGCGGAUGCUAGGGAGAAGAUCGGAGUGGUAGAGGAACCCGUUCCCAAGGGCGAUCUGAUCAUCGGACGUAAUACCUGGAAGGAGUAUAUCCGAGGUCUCCAUGAGGGCUGGCUUGGACCACUCGACCCUCCCCAGCCGCCUGUCCCGAUAGAUGUGCCGUCACCUUCCGAGGGAGCAGAGACCAGUGGCUCUCCCGAGGACACCCCUACCGCAGAGAACUCCGAGAAGAAGGACGAACCUGAGAAGAAGGAUGAGAAGCCUUCUAAGCCUACCGGCCCGACCUCAGCAUACAUCACUCCCGCCGACUACUCGUCGCAAAACCUCCCACGAUCUCUCCCACAAUCCUUGGACGGCUCCGUUCCGAUCCAUUUCCCUCAUAUUCUAGGGUUCUUGAACACUCCCAUCAGAAUCUACCGAUACUUGAACCAACGCUACCUCGCUGAUAGCGUCGGACGAGAGGUUGCUGGCAUCGUUCUCGCAUCGACUACUCGGCCAUAUAGCGAUGGUUCCUUCAGCACAGACUCCGAACUAACCCCCGCGGGUGUCGACGCCGCUCCGGCCUCCGAUAACCUAAUGGGUGGAAAUUACGAACAACAAACCGUCCUCGAAGAAGAAGAACAGGACUGGCACAAAUCCGCGCACAAGAAGGAUGAAGCGAACCCUGAUAAGGAACGCGAGUGGAUGGACUCUGUCGUUUUGGAUUCUCGUAUCGCAGCCCGGAUGCAGCGCUACGUCCUUUCCCCCGAAGAUGAAGCCCGCUCACAACGGAUUGCUGAGGGCGCAGAAUACAUCCUUGGUGAGGAACGGCCCACGCCCGUUCCUUUCUGGCAGCGCAUGUGGAUCAAGUACGGAUACGGGGAGGACGAGGAGACCCUGAAGAGGAAGCCUAUUCUUGGAAACAUUGACGGAGAGGACAACCAGUGAUUCUCGCCCCAGUUCAAGUUGAUAUCUCGCAUGGUUAUGGAAUGGAAGCUAUAGACAUGUGCUUAGUUUAUAUGCACCAGCAUUGGUAGGGAUGGUGAACAUAGGAUAUAUCUCAUCUGCUGUACCAACAAAUCGAUCUAUACUGUAUAUUAGUCUAGUUACGGAAUUAAAUUUCUACUCGUACAUACUGG